AUGCACAUUCUCCCACUGGCACUCUCAGCCCUCCUCAUUCCCCCCGCAACAUGCGCCACAAACCCCAAACCACCAGGCAAAGAUGCAAUCCUACUAUCAAAUGUCCAAUCCCUCACAUUACGCGCCCACCGCAUGACCAGCUCCCGACGCAUCUCCCCAGUCCCUCAACUCAGCUGCAUCGGUCCGAAACAAACAUGCAAACUAUAUCAACCUGAGAUCAUGCGGUGCACGAACCAAGGAUACGACUACGAUGAGGAAGACGUGCAGUGGACCUGCACAGCCGAUCUACCAGCUGAAUUCAAGCUCGGCGCAACAGAUGUCAUCUGCGAGGGAUACCGGAAUGCAGACGACAAAUGGGUUCUGAAGGGGAGUUGUGGGGUUGAAUAUCGACUGCUGUUGACUGAAGCCGGGGAGAGGAGAUUUGGGAAGCAACGUGAGGAUUGGGAUGGUCGUGUGGGCGGGUCUCAGAAGGUCAUGAGUAUCCUUGGGAAUUUGAUUUUCUUUGGGUUUAUCGCUGCUGUCAUCGUUAUGAUCUUCUGGCCUCUGCUAGCACAGCUCUUGGGUUGGGGAAAUAGGCGAGGGAGGGCUGCUGGCCAAGCUGGGGGCAGUUUCGAUCCCUAUAAAUCUGCUGGACGGCAGCAGGGAUGGACGCCGGGUUUCUGGACUGGAGCGCUAGGCGGUGGCGCGGCGGGUUAUCAGAUGGGUAGGCGUGCUGAUAAUGGAUCCAGGCGGAGAACGGGCAGGUCUGAUGGCUAUGACCCGGGUGAGGGCAGCUCGCGCUCGCCGCAGUUCUCGUCUACAAGUUCCAGUACUGGGUUUGGGUCGACGAGGCGCAGGUGA